UCCCUCAAUUUUUGAUCCAAGAAAAUGGCAGAGGCAUUAACAGAAGCUCAGAUUUCUGAGUUCCAGGAAGCCUUUUGUCUAAUUGACAAGGAUUCAGACGGGCUAAUUUCCUUGGAAGAACUAGCGACAGUGAUCCAAUCACUGGACGAACGUCCCACAAAAGAAGAAAUCCAAGACAUGAUCAGUGAAGUUGGUGCUGAGGGAAAUGGGACAAUAGAUUGUGAAGAGUUCUUGAAUAUUAUGGCAAGAAAGAUGAAGGAAAAUGUUGCUGAGGAGCUGAAAGAAGCCUUCAAAGUAUUUGACAGAGACCAAGAUGGCUAUAUUUCAGCCUAUGAGUUGAGGCAAGUUAUGAUAAACUUGGGAGAAAGAUUGAGUGAUGAGGAGGCUGAGCAAAUGAUCAGAGAGGCGGAUGUAGAUGGUGAUGGUCUUGUUAGCUAUGAAGAAUUUGCAAGGAUGAUGAUGCUCAGUUGAUCUUUU